AUGUCAGCAGUUCCUAAUCUUGCAGGAUCUUGGCGCUCACUUGAAACUCCAUUAAGUGAAUCAAUAUUAGAAACGAUUGAUUCAUUAGGUUUUGAAACAAUGACACCUGUGCAAGCAGGUGCUAUUCCUUUAUUCAUGAAAAAUAAGGAUGUUGUAGUAGAAGCAGUAACGGGUUCAGGGAAAACCUUAUCAUUUGUUAUUCCUAUCCUUGAAAAAUUACUUCGUAGAGAGGAAGCUUUAAAGCAUCAUGAGAUUGGAGCGAUCGUCAUUACACCUACAAGAGAACUCGCUCAACAAAUUUAUUCUGUCUUCAAAUCCUUUGUAGAUGAUCAUGAACGUAAAGAUCAGAUUGGAUUAGGACUUUAUAUUGGUGGAUCUAGUUCAUUAGCGGAAGACAUGCAUUCAUUUAAAAACGAACAUCCUCGUAUUUUGAUUGGUACACCUGGACGAUUAGAAGAAUUGCUGACGAAAACGGGUAGUUUAGUCAAUACAAAAGAACUUGAAGUACUUGUUAUGGAUGAAGCAGAUCGAUUAUUAGAUAUGGGAUUUUCGAAGCAAUUGAGUCAUAUUAUUGCACAAUUACCCAAGCAACGUCGUACAGGUUUAUUUUCCGCCACCAUGACAGAUGCCAUCUCAGAACUUGUUCGUGCAGGUCUUCGUAAUCCUGUACGUAUUGUAGUGAAAGUAGAAGAUUUAGCUCAUAAAGGGAACGUACAGCGAACACCGACCACCCUAGACAUUGAUUACGUUGUUUGCGAUGCAGAUCAAAAACUACUUUUGAUGACCCGUAUCCUUCAAAGUGAAUUAGCACAUGAAGAAGCAGAGGAAGGGACAGGAGCCCGUAAAUUCAUUGUCUAUUUCGCUACAUGUGCCAUGGUAGAUUAUUUUUAUAAAAUCUUGAGUCGAAUGCAAAGUCUAAAAUCCUUUUCUUUCCAUUCACUCCAUGGUCAAAUGGAUACCAAACGACGAUCAGCUACCUACAAGUCCUUUACUGAGCUUUCACCUGCCAUCCCAGCUGUCUUACUCUGUACCGAUGUUGCUUCACGUGGUCUUGAUAUCUCUGAUCUGGAUUAUGUCAUUCAAUUGGAUCCACCUCAGGACCCCAAGGCGUUUUCACAUCGAUGUGGUCGAGCGGGUAGAGCCGGUCGAAAGGGACAUGCGACUGCUAUUCUAGUACGAGGACGUGAGGAGAUGUAUGUGGAUUUACUCAGAUUGAGAAAGAUUCCCAUCCAACGACGACAGUACAUUUUACCUGACUUGACAUCCUUUGAUAACAGUCAAGUUGUUGACUCGGAGGAAAGAACAGCUACCUCGAUUGAAGUGAAAGAUGAAGGGUUACUCGAGUUUAUCAAGGAGAUUAGAUCGAUUGUGAAAACAGAUCGUGAUCUUCAUGAUCGUGCACUAAAGGCAUUUGUAUCCUGGGUAAGAUCCUAUACAAAGCAUGAAGCCAGCUAUAUCUUCCGUGUAAAGGAUUUGGAUUUAGGACGAUUAGCGAUGGGAUUUGGAUUGUUAAAGUUACCCAAGAUGCCUGAAUUAAAAGCACAACAGAGUCAAGCCAACUAUGUAAACUCAUUUAUAGAAGAAGAAGACAUGAAUUGGGACACAUUUAAAUACAUGGAUAAACAAAGAGAAGUAAAACGAUUAAAGGAAUUAAAGGAAUAUAAAGAGAGAUCAAAACAAUCACAACCACCAUCACUACCACCAAAGAAAAAGGCAAAUGUAGCAUGGUCAGAGAAAAUAGAUGCAAAGGAACGUAGACAAGUGCGUAAAGAAAAGAAGAAAGCUAAAAAAGAAUACCUAAAGAAACAAGCACAACUAGAAAUUGAACAAAAGAAGAAAAGACAAUUAGAAGAAGAAGAAGAAGAUGAUGAUGAUUGGGAAGAGUUAGCAGAAGAAGAAAGAAUGUUUAAAAAGAUGAAAAAAGGAAAAUUAGACAAGAAAAUUUUCGAUGAAAUGUUUUAA